AUGAUGAGCAUGGGCAAGGCGGUGCAGCCGCACGCCCCACGGGGAGAAGAGGAGCUACCACGGAUGACCAUUACCCUUACUGAAUUGAUAAAACGACUGCAGGGAUUGAAGGAAACCAAAUGGCCCCCACGAAUGACCACAGACCCCGUCAAGAGAGAUAAUGGGCGAUAUUGUGCUUUCCAUGUGGAGCACGACCAUGCAACCUACGAGUGCAGGCAGCUGAAGAUAGAGGUCAACCGUCUGGUAAAAGAAGGAUUCUUCCGGGACUGCCUGGUUUCGGACAUCGCACUCCACAUCCAAUGGGGGAGUACCAAGAGCCGGGAUCAGUCCCCUCCGCCGUACAUUAAGAAAACUGUAAACGUCAUCUCGGGAGGGUCAGACCUGUGUGGGAAUUCAGUGCGGGCUUCGAUGACCCAUGCCCGACGGGUCCAAUCAGUAAGGGCUAUGACGUCAAUUGACAGCCAUGGCCCUAGCGUGCUCUUGUCAUUCGACCGAGGGGAAGCCUCUGAAUUAGAACACCCCCACGACGAUGCUGUUGUCAUCACCUUGGACGUUGCUCAUGUUCGAAUGAAACGCAUGCUUGUCGACACUGGGAGCUCUGCCAACAUUUUGUUCCCCGGGGUUUUGAAAGAAAUGGAAAUUGAAGACUUGAAAGCCCAAGACACCCAGGUUACACUAGUAGGAUUCUCCGGUGAAAGCGCUGUUGCUCGAAGUUUCAUCCAACUACCCGUCUACGCGAACGGAGUCAACAAAUUAGUAAAAUUUUUAAUUGUGGAUUGCCCGUCGGCCUACAACGCCAUCCUCGGCAGGCCGUGGAUUCAUGCAAUGAAGGCAGUCGCGUCGUCCUACCAUCAAGUAAUUAAGUUCCCCUGCAAGGGUGAGGUAAGGGAGAUCCGAGGAGAUCAGCUGGGGGCCCGCAAAUGCUACUCCUCAUCCUUGAGGAACAAAAACAAGUUAUAG